GCAUCUCAACAGUUGGCGUUUGUCUCCGAAACUCCAAACUUCGCAUCGUCGUCUGUAUUACCCCGUAACCAACAGAAUUUCGGUCUUAAAAAUACUAGAAGAGAUUGAAUAGAAAGAAAACAAAAAAAACAGACAAUUAUCCGCCGAUAGUUUUACUCUAUUCUUUCAUUCAGUAAAAGAGUAGCGAAACUCCGUUUAUUUCCGGAGCUUUUUUCCUGCCAAGAAAUCGAACGCCCGCCAAGAAAUAUAAUCGGGCGUUCGAAAAGUUGAAGAUCUUCUUUGCGAUUCUUUCGCCUUCGAAGAAUGCAAUAGAAAAAAGCGAAGGAACAACCGACAGAUUCGGACAGAUCGUAUGAUAGCAAUUAUCAUCACCAUUGGUAUUCAUUGUCCGAAUAAACCAUCCGUCGUUUCCGAUGACGAACGGAUGCGAUAUUAUUGCGUGAAAAAAUCCGACAGUCACGCUGUGUUUGGAAUAAAUUUAAAUUUUAGACCGCAAUAGUUUCGAUGGCACGCAAACGCGACACGUCGGCAUUGACGCAAUAAUCGGGAGAUCCGAAGCGCGUAUAAAUCGCCAGAGAAGCGAAGCGUUAGGGACAGAAACUCGAGGAAUACCGGCGAAGAAGAUAAGGGAAAAUUUUCUUCCGCUUCCGGAUCUCCGCGCGUGCUACCGCCGCGUUCACCCUUCCACCUCCGGCGAAGGUUACGCGCUAACCCCCCGCAUCGAAGUAAUUCCGAACAGCUGUAACCGAUGAAGUAAUUAUUAAUUCGUUGAUUGAUCGAUAAACCGAGUAAGAUAUACAAAAGUGAGCAACCGCCGCUGUCGAAGGUUACGCGCCGCUUACCCCGCAUCGAAAUAUAUCUACGAACAGCUGUAACGAAUGAAGUAAUUAUUAAUUCGUUGACGGAUCGAUAAACUCUGUAAAAUACACAAAGUGAGCCGACGCCGCUGUCCAAGAAGGAGAACAACGUACGAAGAGACGCAGCGGGACAGAGAGAGAGAUAUAAAGAUAAAAAUUACACUUACGGAUAAAGUUUAAAAAAAAAAAAGCGAAAGAUUGAAAGAGAAAAAGAGAAAAAGAAAAAAAAAAAGAAUCGAGAGAAAUAAAUAGACGAGUAGACAUGCUGCCAGUUGUGUAAACUUCUUGUAAACUGGUGCCGGCGGUGUGGUGCGGCUUACAAGUUGAAAAAAAACCUUAAUGGCCGAUUCGUCGGGAACUGUACACGUGAUAUUAAAAUUUCCGAUGCUCCAACCCCCGUCCCCUCUUUUGGAGAUGGCGUCUCUCCGUUUGCCCGAUUCCGAGGAGUUUGACAUCGACACGCGACACAGAACGAACGUUAAUCAAGCAGUGCCGAUAACAAUAUCGUCCACGACGAGCACUGGAUCCUCGUCUGGUUCCGGUUUGCAAUCAGUUUCGGGUGUAACGUCGCAAGGGAACAACGAUCUGUUUAUCAAAGCAAGAAACGAACUCACGGAUUACAUCAGUAAUUCGUUGAUCGAUCUGGUUACCGAACAAACAUCACCCGGCUCCGGCUCAGCGAUGGAGGGUUCCUCCGUUGGAUUUUUAAACGCCAGCGAACUCGCGGCUAAUUUAUCCUCCGAUCAAAUACCUGACUUAUUUUACAGACACAGCAUGGCCAUGACGGCCGUAUACUGUGUAGCUUAUCUGCUCGUGUUUAUUAUUGGAUUAAUUGGUAAUAGUUUUGUGAUUGCUGUGGUUUACCGAUCGCCAAGGAUGAGGACUGUCACGAAUUUUUUCAUCGUUAAUUUAGCCGUUGCCGAUAUUCUCGUCAUCGUUUUCUGCCUGCCGGCAACCUUGAUGAGCAACAUCUUUGUCCCCUGGGUCCUGGGAUGGUGGAUGUGCAAAACCGUUCCCUACAUCCAAGGCGUAUCGGUAGCAGCUUCGGUCUACAGUCUCGUCGCUGUUUCGCUAGACAGGUUUCUCGCUAUCUGGUGGCCGCUGAAGUGUCAGAUAACAAAACGAAGGGCUAGAAUGAUGAUAGUCGUGAUAUGGUUCAUCGGUUUAACGACGACGCUCCCAUGGCUGAUAUUCUUCGACUUGGUUGUGAUAUUCGAUUUCGCACCCGACGUCCAAUUGUGCCUAGAGGUCUGGCCGGAGCCCUUGGACGGUUCAUUAUUUUUCCUCGUUGGGAACAUGAUGCUCUGUUACGUCCUCCCCAUGAUUCUGAUUUCCAUGUGUUACGUAUUGAUAUGGAUCAAGGUAUGGAAAAGGCACAUUCCCAACGACACUAAGGACGCCCAGAUGGAGAGAAUACAGCAAAAGUCGAAAGUCAAAGUCGUCAAGAUGCUCGUAGUGGUGGUGAUACUGUUCGUUCUAUCCUGGUUGCCGCUCUACAUGAUAUUCGCCCGCAUCAAAUUGGGCGGUCAAAUCGACGAAUGGGAGGAGGAAAUAAUCCAAACGGCGACCCCCAUAGCUCAGUGGUUGGGUUCGAGCAAUUCCUGCAUAAAUCCGAUCCUCUACGCGUUUUUCAACAAAAAGUACCGCCGCGGUUUCAUGGCGAUAUUGAAGAGCGGACGUUGCUGCGGUAAAUUGCGUUACUACGAAACCGUAGCCAUGAUAUCCUCGUCGACGAGCGUUAGGAAGUCCUCUUAUUACGUAACGAACAAUAAUUCAUCGACCAGAAGAGCGGCGGCGGCCGCCGCCGCCCACGCCCCGCCCGUUCACCAGGACAGCAAUGUCUCCUACAUCUUCAACCACACCGGGGUUUAAGGAUCUUAUAUUAUGAAAAUCCAGGAUUUUUAAGGCGUCGUUACUUAUCCGCAGUAACCGGACUUUGCAUACGUGCGCGUCGGAGUUGAAUUCGCCCCCGCGUCGGAAUGUGCGCAGGCCAGGGGAACCGCUGGAUCCGAAGAUUAUGCGACGAUCGUAUUUCGAGGGAGCUGAACAAAAAAAAAAAAAGAGCGAGAAAAGAUAAUGGAAAUAAAAACAUCAGCGAUAACUCUGAAAAUACGAAUACGAUCGUUAACGGUUUGUUCUCGGUCCAGAAAUCGUUGAAGAGUCGAGAUUUGCCACGGAAAAAAGUUCCUUUCGUUAUUUCACCACUAAAUAUUAAUAGGAGUAUUGUAUAAAAAAAAAAAAAAAAAAAAACAAAAAACAAAAAGAAAUAAAAUAAAAUAAGAGAAAUAUUUUACAUCGGCCGGAGACAACAUCGUGGAACCGACCAUCGGUAUAAAAUGCAAUAAUUAAUAAGGCGGUGGGUCUUGUUUCGUUCUUUGAUUUUUUUUUUUUGGUUUGUUUUCAACGUCAUUACGAUCUUAACGAGAACCGGAGAAGAAGUGAAUAAAACGCUAUAAUUACCGUUCGAGAUGUAAAUAUGUAUUACCACUACACUAAUUUCAAUUAGAAGUAUGCAUUAAACUAUAAUACAUGAAUUGAUUUGUACGAAUGUGCUCACAUUGAAAUGCUACACAUUCACGUGGGACCUUAUCGCGUAUCGUACACAAGUAUAUGCAGUUAGAUAUUAUCAUAUGUAUAACGACACGCCCACGCGUAUAAUAUUUGUGCGUUAGAAAAAUAUAUAUUACAUAUUCCGUUUUACCGGUAUAUGAAUUGAUCUUGAAAUUGAAAUGUGUUGGGCGCCAUUCGACGGAAUUACGUCGAAAAAAUGUAAGAACUCCGGAAUCUCAGGGCGUUGUCGGUCGAAUAAAAAGAGAACGCGAUCGACUCUUAUUUCACGAAGGCAAAUGAUUUGCGGCAAAUGACACGUGCUUUCCAAUGACGAAAACGAAAUUUCCUUCAUUCGAUAUUCAAGGAAUAAUUUUUCGCUAACAAUAUUUCAAAGGAUCUUUUCUAUCGGGAACCCACACGGAUCGGAGGAUCGCUCUUACGAAUUGAGACGGUGGUGUAGACAACGGACGAUCAAAUCCCUUUUGUAAUCUUAUAACAUUGAUGAUUUCAAUGCUCGCAUUGCUUCAAUCCACGUGUCAACGAGAGCUGUAUCAAUCUCCACGAAAAAUCAUUCCCAUUCGUCAAAUUUUCGGACAAUUCUUUUUUACGUGGGAAGACCAAUGAGCACGUUAGCUUUCUCAAUCAAUCAGUCGAGAGUUAUCGACGUUCAGAUUGCGAGCGAUUCAUUAAAUAAAUGCAAGUGAUACGUUACGUACUAGUUCGAACAUGUGUGCGUGUGUGUUCAACGUUAACUAAAUAUUUGAUUAAUGACAAAAUUAUAGUGAUAUUACAUCGGGCCAUGUCGCAACAUAUAGACGGAAGAAUUAAUCGUGGAUAUUUGUUUGGCCGAUAUAUAAUAAUAGCGUAAUUAUGUAUGAUUGUGUAUACGUACGUACGUACGUAUGAACAUGCGAAAGCACGGCGUGCAGCUGUAACAUUACACAUACCUGUAUACAUUUCGUCGUUAAGUUGAUAUACUAUGCAUAUGAUAAUAUAUUCUUGGUAAAUUAUAUAUAUAUAAAUAUAUAUAAUAGGUACAUUAUAUUCCAUAAACCGCAAAAUAUAUAUUAAAAACCCACAAGCAUAUAAUAUUGUUAUUACAAUACUAUUGAUAAUAUUUAACGCGUCAUAUCCGAUACAUAUAAAUGUAACGUAUGAUUGGCUAGACCGUUUUACGUAAUUGCAUUCUACCGUAAUUAAUCCGCAACGCGCACAUUUCGUACAAAACAUUUUUCCAUUAGAAUAGUAUAAUUAACAACUGUGUGCCGUUCGAUUUUGAAGAUGAAAAAAAAAAAAUGAAAUGAAAUGAAAUAAAAAAAUCAAUGGAAAACAAGAGAAAUUUACACCGUACGGUGAAUCGUUCGUGAUAUGAUGGAAAUCUGAAGAAUGAAUUUUGAAAACGAAAAUAACUACGUGCUGAUCAGAUAUAUUAUAGAUUUAAAUUAGGUAGCCAAACGGUGUGAUGAUUUUCAUUGUCAUAUCGUUAUCGACAUUGAAAUUUUCUUUGGUUUAUAUUUAAUGUUCGUGUCAUCGCCGCUUUUGCCAUACGUUAGAGUAUUGCCAGUGAAGUUUAUUGUUCGUUAAUUGAUUGGGGGUUACCUAUUAUCACUUCUGCGAUUAUGAUAAUUUUCUUAUUUUCUUUCAGUUUUUCUUACGUAGUCACGUAGGAUGUAAAUUUAUAAUAAUUAAACGCCUGUAGUGUAUUACACAAUUAUUACCAUAAUGAUGAAUUUGGAAGUAUCUGAAGAAGAUGAAAAGUGCGAUUUGUCAACUUCGAGAGAAAUUGUUAGGAUCGCUGUUGAAGAUCAGCAUUUGAAAAAAUCCUCGUAUACGUAUAGCGUAUUACAAUCGCUUCCUUUUAUCCCUUGAACUACGCAAUUUAUUAUCGGCAAGAUAGAUAUUUUUCAAAUACAGCCAUACGCGUAUACAUGAAUACUCAACUAACCGUAAUAAAAAAAUCAGUGCGGCUAUGACAUUACAGUGCAUCUACAUCCAUACUAAAUACAUACGUAGAUAUACAUUUGUAAUCGAUGAUUCUCAUCAUUUUUUUUUUAUUUCUGUCAACUACGAUACGUUACACAGUCAUAUAACACGCAUAUACACCAGACAGUCCGAUAUAAAAAUAAUUCCUCUCCCAAAACUAAAAAAAAAAAUCACAUUUUGACAAUGAAGUCAAAUGAGCAAAUAAAGAAACGCAAGAAUCUCGCAGCAAAAGAAAUGCGGUGCGCGGUCGUUGUUGUAAAUCAGAAUGAAUCUGAGACGUGGAUACCAGCGAAAGGGGUUGUGUAGGCGGCCGGCCCGUUCGGGGUUGAAGGAGAAGACCAAGCCGCGAAGUAAUUCGAUAUCAUCAGCGACUCUGUAGAGACCUGUGCGUUCGCGUAGAGCGGAAUCGGCUGUUAGCUGCGCGGGGCAGCGAGUUCGGCGAGCGCGUUGUUCGUCGAGCAAGUAAUUGCAUUCCUAAUUGCGACCCUCACGGAGUGUCAUUUGCACGCUACCGGCCUAUACCUCCGCCACUUAUACACGCGGUGGUGUAGCUAUGAGGCCCGCCCCUCCUCCUCUCGCCCUCUACAGCCGCGGAAUAGAAUAGCUGAAAGUGGCGUCAGUUUGUUCACGACAGCACUACACAAAUCCCGGAUCUUUUUAAUUACGGGACGGUGCUCCCGCUCCAUAGGUAUACACGUAUAUAUUGAAAAAUACCGCGGGCUUCGGAGACUUCAUUUUCGAGGUCAUGGACACCACUUCGUUGUCAUCGACAAUACUUUCGACUUUGGGUAGAAAAAGUUCCCCACCGAGACGUUCGGGACAUCUUUCUGCCGUUACCUACUGAGAAUAUAACUCGACGAAAAAUAUAGUUUUCUUUUUCUCAGACAUUCUUUUCUUUCGCGUCAAACGUUUUUGACGUUUCCAAAUUAUCUGCGUAUUGUAUUCGAGUAAAACUUCGCAAAUCACUGGUACAAUGCACGAUCCAUAUAGAUAAUGUAAUCAUGUAUCGAGACCGCGUUAGAUGAAACACCGACGAUAAAUAAAUAAAUUCAAAACCAAAAAGAAAAAAAAGGUACAAAAAAAAAUGCACUUAAUUUGCUAUUUGUUAAAAUCCCUUGUACGCGUGUUCGAAUUCAUCGCAGCUUUGGCAAGAGUUUGGAAACCAAUAGCGAGCUUGAGAUGUGUACGUAUUUUUGAGAGAAGAAAAAUACAAAUAAAUUAAAAUAAAAUAGAUGAGUAGAUGAAGAAAAAAAUAAUAGAAAUGAUAAUUCGAUUUUUCGAACGAAUUUCGUAUCUGUAGGAAGAGUGAAUUUCUAAUCGUUUGUAUGGAAUUUGAAAAUUUCUGUAGCACCCAAACUGUCACGCGUGCGGAUCCCACUGCCACGAUGAUCGUCUCUAAUUUUGAAUCAGGUAUAAUUGGGACUACACGAUAAAAUAAAGAAAUAGAAAAUGCCUUUCUCCGUUUUUGUUUAACUUACAUGAAUUUUAGGAGGUGGAUAAAAAAAAGAACAACCUUUUUUCUUUUAACCACGACGAAAUCGAACAUCCACCGCGUGUAGCGUGAACAUCGUUUAAUGGAUAUAAAAUGGAAACUUUACUUAAUAAUUGUAUGAAAAUAACCAAAGUAAGUCAUGUGCGUGAUAAAAAAAAAGCUACCUACCCAAUUUAUCAAGUUAUCCUUUAUUUAUUUAUCUUUAAUUAUUUUCUUGUUCUUUUCUUCGUCAUAUUUUCCAAACGAUGAAAAUUCGUUUCAUUGAAAGUUGACUAUAAAUAUAAUUAUGAGUAUCGUCUCUGAAAUCAUAUUUGCAAUUUACGUAUGCCAUACAUAUAUAUUUAUAUGUAAGUAUUACAUGUAUGUGUAUUAUAUGUAUAUUGAUCCUGGCAUACCAUUUUUCCUGCAUUGCGGAAAAUACCGGCACAGUAAGUAAAAAAAGAUAACGUGAAGAAACAGAAAUUUAUAACGUUGAAAUAAACUAAAAUUCAAUAAAACGGAAGAAAGAGAAGAAAAAAAAAUAUAGAGAAGAUCUUUUUCUGCCAUCGUCGUCCAGGUAUUUGCCGCGAACUGCCGAUACGACGUAUGUGUAUUCCUGUAAUAAUUCUUAUACAUAUCUACAAUAAUCUAUUUACAUUAAAAUAUUUUAACGUAUUGAAAUAUUUCGUAAAUUAUAAGUGCCUGCGAGUGAUUAUUAAUUAAAAUGAUUAGUAUACGAGAAAAUACAUUUGCGACUAAAUGAUUAUCGUCAUUAUUAUUAUUAAUUAUUGUUCUCAAUGAAUGUCCUUGUUGUUAUUGAAAAAAGAACAGUUAUCAUUAACAUUGAAAUUAUAAUUAUCACAAAACUUGUGUACGUCAAGUUUUUUUUUUUUUAUAAAUAACAAAAAUUGCAAGCGAAUAACAAUUUAUACAUCAUUUAUAACUCAUAUGAUAUUUUCUAUAUAACAAUUCGCAGAGAUUAUGUAAUAACUAUUAGUUCACGGUUUUACGCAUAAUACCAUAAAUACGAGUACAUACUCGAUAAUAUGUCAUCUACAUUAUACGCAUGAGAUGCCACCGUUUCAAUACUAAUUGAUUUCUACAUUUUCAUUUUUUGUCUGUUCUUAUGGUUAAAUUUCAAUAUUUCUGUAACACACAGUUGCAUGUAACACGUAAUAUAUGUUUAAUAAUACAGAACGGAUUGAAUAUUUAUUAUACGACAUAGAGAAUAUACCUAUAUUUUUUUUACAGUUGUAAUCGGUGUACUGGACAAACAAAAUAAUUAAUACAAAACCAGAAAAAAAGGAGAAAAAUGAAAAAAAAAAAAAAAUCGAACAAAGACAAUGUAAAAUUAAAUAAAAAAGUAAUCACUAUAUUUUUAAAAAUAGUCUGUACAGUAUAAUCGUUGUACUUUUGAUGACGGCUUACCUACAAUAUUUAUAAAGAAAAAAUGUGUAGAAAAUGGUUAUUAAACAAUCCCAAUAGAAAUUUUCAACCAUA